AAUGCAUGUACUGGAGUAUUUUCACAGUACUUUUACUUAUGUAAACCAUCUUAGUAUGACGUAAAACAAGACGAGCAAACAGCAGAUCAAACAUCUCAAUAAAAAAAAAGAAAUUCUUUUCAUUUUAGUCUUUAAUCACAGAAAUGUUUUAUAUUCAGGUCGUUGUAAUAAGUGUGAGUUCACAGAUAAUAAGGUCAGUAUUAGUCUUUACAGGAUGCUUAUGAGACUUAUAAGAAACCUCGACUGCCUUUUUUUGGUCAUUGUUACACCUUUUUUUAAGCUGUUUUAUUGCUUUAUUAAAAAAUAUUAAACAUUAUUUAAUCAUUUAUUCAUUAACAUUGACUUUGCUUUGUGCAGGCGCUGGAUCUAAAGCAAGAAUCGUCUUUUAUCACAGCCAAUAAAACCUUUAUUAUUAAAUGGGAGAGAAAAAAAAAUACAAUUUGGGUUUCUUUCUGUCCGUGGCUCAUAUUUAAUGAUGUCACGAUUUUGGUCGUACAUUGACUGAAACACGUUCUCGAUUUCGAUUAUUGAAAUCAAAAGCGAUCGAGUGUAUCUGAGGACGGCACAGCUAGCUUAGCAUUAGCCUGCAGCGUCACUUCCAGACUCUUCUCCUGUGUGAUGAAGACGAUCAGCUGACUGGCACCAGAGGAACAGAUGGAUUUAUUGUCUUUGUCAGAGAUCCUUUAUUGAUUUGAAUGUGAAGAGGGUUCACUCUGGACAGAUCUGAGGAACUUUGUAACAAACUGAAUUUCUUUGAAUCACUGAAUGCUGCUGUUUGUUCUUGACCCCUGGAAUCUUUAUUUUUAGUGAAUAUUAUUUGAACUUGUCUAAACCUCACCUUCAAAAUGUGACCCAGAUGUGACGCCCAAAUCAACGUGGAUUUGGAGACUGCCCCUCUCAUAUUGCUGCCUGUCGUUAACGCCGUUCACAUGAGGCAGGGAUCCGUUUAUAAGUGAUCAGUUUCACACCACGUCAGAAUCAAACCCCGGAGACGAGCUGCUGACGAGCUGCUGCAUAUUUCAUGUUUUGGUGUAAAUGAUUCAAACAAACACGCAGGCUCCUGUUGUGGGCCCCUGACGACAGCUCACAUGUGGCCCUGAGACGACGAGUCACUGCAACACCUGCAUGAUCCAGAACCGCUGAAGGACUCUGAGCCGCCCUUCAACCACAACAGCUGCAGAAGGACGGCGCUGACCCAGAACUCUGUCCGUCCGUCUGCCGGCCCACCUCGGUCUCUGCUCAAAUGGCCUCAUGUAACAUUCAGAGUGUAAGUGUUAGAGAGAUGACAGUGUUGGACAGAGACACCUAGCAAAAGGGAAUGAAUGAUCACAGGAACAGUAGCAUUAGAUCUAUUAAUUAGCUAAGCCAGCUGAAAUAUUUAAAUAUUGCAGCAGCCGGAGAUCGUCGAGAAGUAGGACACCGCCAGAGGCUUCAUCUCAUUCAGCUGCACGUCUGUUUCUCAUCUCGUGGAUCCUUCUUUGAGUUUUCUUUUCUUUUUUUCCUCCCGCGUUUUCUGUCUGCGAUUCUCUUUGAUUCAUUCUUUCUGUGCUGAGGUUCAGUGAGGAUAUUCUUGAAAGAGCUCCUUUAAACUGUCCGCAGAUCUGUUACAGCAGCAAUAUGAGUAUUACAAAAACUGCUACUGCAGAGAGAUAUAUGAAGAAUAAAGAAUGGAGAAUCCUUCAUGGGUUCAUUUAAAAUACAUUUAGCUUUAACUGUGGAAUUAUGACACAAAAUGACCAAAAGAAACAACGACAUAAAAAAGCAAGUCUUUGAAAUGUGUGAAGGGAUGUAACAGCUGACGGCUUUUUUGUCUUUUGAGAUGUUCGGUUCACUUUCGAGGAUGCCCCUGUCAAACCCAAUCAUGACGCUGAGUCUCUGGGCUCGUUUAGCAGCCCUGUGUUCACCUGGCCUGUUACAGGAGCAGCAGAGGACCAGGACGGAGGCUGGAGAGGUCGGUGUGUUUACUGGAGAAACUACAGCUAUACACCACCGUAUCAAACACAGAACUAAGCAGAGCUGAUGUCGCGCUGAGAGCAGAAGAAGGUGAAACCAAAUGCAAGGCUGGCAGAUGAGUUUCAGAACCACGGGAGCGGGCUCAGGCAAACACACCCGAUGACUGGACUGAGGACUGAGCUACACACUGGACUGACACAGUGACUCUAAUAGGAUGAUCAGCUGUUUGCUAACAUGUUAGCCACAUCAUCUUGUCACAGCUUGAGUUCCUCUGCCCCCCUCUGGUAAAAAGAACCAGUAAAUACAGCUGAAAAGGACUCUCCACCAUGAGCUCUGCGGUGGGGGCGGAGCUCUACAGUGGCAGCGCCUCCCCGGUGUCUCUGGACUCCAGUGUUUUCUUCAGCGAGAUGGCGGCGUCCAGCAUCAAAGACCCGCUCGACUUCUUCAUCAUCAACGUCGGGGGAAGUCGCUACGUGCUGUCGCAGGAGCUGCUGGCUUCCUACCCGGAGACCCGGCUGGGGAAACUAGCCUGCUGCAGCCGAGACUCAGCGCUGGAGCUCUGCGACGACGCCGACCUCCUGGAGAACGAGUUCUUCUUUGACCGAAACUCACAGACCUUCCAGUAUGUGAUGAACUACUAUCAGACGGGUCACCUUCAUGUAAUGGAGGAGCUGUGUGAGAUCUCCUUCCUGCAGGAGAUCCAGUACUGGGGCAUCGACGAGCUUCGCAUCAACCCCUGCUGCCGCGAACGUUACUACCGCCGCAAGGAGCUGAAGGAAACCCUCGACAUACAGCGAGAGUUCGAGGCCGAGGACGACGUAGACGACUUUGUGGGAGCUGCCUGUCCGGCUUUCCGGCGCCGCCUGUGGGACCUCCUGGAGAAACCUGACUCAUCGCGAGCCGCUCGCACCUUCGGCUCGCUCUCUGUCUUCUUCGUGGUGGUGUCGGUCAUCAACAUGGUGCUCAUCUCGCUGGACCUCGAGGAGGACUUGGGUGUGAGUGGCGUUGGCACCAGAGCGCCGCUGCUGUUCGACGCCCUUGAGUACGUGUGCGUGGUGUGGUUCACCGGUGAGCUGGCACUCCGGUUCCUCUGCGUGAGGGAUAAGUGCCGCUUCAGUCGAAGUAUCCCCAACGUGAUCGACCUGCUGGCCAUCCUGCCGUUCUACGUGACGCUGGCGGUGGAGAACCUCCACGGAGGAAGCACCGAGCUGGAGAACAUGGGCCGCGUGGUGCAGGUCCUCCGGCUGCUGAGGUCGCUCCGUAUGUUGAAGCUGGGGCGACACUCGACAGGCCUCAAGUCUCUGGGGAUGACCAUCGCUCAGUGCUACGAGGAGGUCGGCCUCCUUCUCCUCUUCCUCGGUGUCGGUAUCUCCAUCUUCGCCACGGUGGUCUUCACUCUGGAGCACGACCUUCCCGCCACCACCUUCACCAGCGUCCCGGCCGCUUGGUGGUGGGCGACCACCUCCAUGACGACAGUCGGAUACGGAGACGUCCGGCCGGACACGGCCGUGGGGAAGUUGCUGGCCUUCCUCUGCAUCCUGUCGGGGAUCCUGAUCCUGGCGCUCCCCAUCGCCAUCAUCAACGAGCGCUUCUCCGCCUGCUACUUCACCAUGAAGAUGAAGGAGGCGGCGGUGCGGCAGGGCGAGAUGCUGAAGAGGCUGGCCCGCGGCUCUGUGGGCGGGGCCAGUGUGGCGGGAAGCGUGAACCUGAGGGACGCCUAUGCCCGGAGCGUCAUGGAGAUGUUGAGACUGCACGGGCGGGAGAGGGUGAGCACCCGGAGCAGCGGAGGAGAAGAGCUGUGGUGGUAGAACCAGAACCAGAACCGGACCUGAUGGUUCACUGCUGCCUGACCUCUGACCCGUCUGGAGGUCUGAUGAAGAUGUUUGUUACAGCAUCCAGAACAUGAGAUGCAUGUAAACAUCUCUUCAGUCACUUAAGGAUUAUUACUGUUACUGUAUGACUAAAGUACUGCAGUAAAAGUACUUUACUUUUGUAGUAAAAGUACUUUAAUUUUACUGCAGAUUAUUUCCAUGUUGGACUUUAACUAUGAAGAAAAUUACUGGAAUAAUCAGCUGGUAAUCAAAUAAUCACUUUUCACAGAAAGAUGUGUAACAAUGUCUGAGUUCAGCUACAAAUAUCAUUUAUAUUUAUUAAAACAUGCAGUAAAAUGAGACCCUAAACGUUUGACUUGGUGCUGCAGCGCGACCAGACGUGACAUUAACGACACUGACGAUAAAAAUAAUCAGUUAAGAAAAAAACAUUCAACACAAGUGAGUUUUUGGAAGAGCUUUAAACGAGAAGAGCUCCACAGCUGAGCGGAAAUAAAACUUUGAUAUGACUGUAAACUGAUUCGGGGUCAGUGGUGAAGACAUUGUGUGUGUUUUCUAUGUGAUUUCUGGGUUUUUGUGGAGUUUUUUCCGUCUUGUAUCUGUUUAAUUAGUCCAGCCUGAGUCCCCCAGUCAGCUUUCACCUCCACACCUGAACUUCAUCUUCCUGCUCGCAGUGUUUUUGCAGCUCUCUGUCUGUUUCUGGUGUUUGACCGCCUCACUCCACCUGCACCUCGUCCCCUCGUUAGUUUAGUUUGUAUUUAGGUCCAGAGUUUUGUUCUGUGUGUCUGAGAUCCCUCUGUUCUGUCUCCCUGCUCCUGCUGCAGAAAUCCUUAUUAAAACCUCGUCCAUCACAUUUCCUGCCUGCUGUCUCGUACAUCGACAGACACGACGUGUGACACCAACAGACAUCAAACCAGGGAUUAUUCAGUGAUUUAAUAUGACCUGCUCAAAAACAGUCAGUGCGUUAAAGGAGGAUUAAAUUCAGUCAUCUCCUCUGCUGCUGACACUUCUGGAGCUUCACUGAGAAACAACACAAAUAAACCACAGAGUCUGUUUCAGCUGAAUCUAUAAACUGUUGUCAGAAACAUCCUGUUUUGGAUUUAAAUGUCUGAUUCUGUCACCACUAAUGUACGUAACACUUGUAAAUGUUGGAACGUGGACGUGAUCUGAUGCUUCUGGAUUCAGAGGAGAGAAUAUUUCUGUUUCCGUGUGAACAACAUGAACUCUGUGCACCGUCUCAGAGGACACGUGCAGUAAUGAGCGUUGUGUAGAAGUCGGUUUUAAACCCUCCAGGCUGUUUUUUAUUUUGGUGGCAGUACUUGUUGUAUAUUUUCUGUCAUCACUCUGUGACUCAGCUGUGUAAUAAAGGCCGUUGUCCUGCUGCUCUUUUCAAAUAUCACAGCGACGCCUGAAGGCCUGAAUUAAAACAGUGACCGGUGAGCAGCUGCCUCCGUGUCUCUGCUUCCUCGCGGUCGUGUUUGCAGUUCAGCUGCUCCGUGUGGAUUUGAUUUCAGUGAUUUUCUCACAAAAUGUUGAAAUGUUCCUUUUAUCACAGCUGAUAUUCAGAGAAACAUGUUGGUCGACCCUGAAUCUGACUCAGACCACAGCAGCAUUAACAUCGUCGUGCUCGAUGUUCUGCUGCACUCGUAUUUUUAGGUCCAAAAUCCUCCUGAUCUCAGAGCGCAGCAGUGCAGCACGACAGUCUGAAAGUCAUUUAUAUUUGCAUUUUACUUUUAAGAGGAUAAAAAGAUUAUUAAAGUAAAUCUUAA